AGGUUGCAAGACCCGACGACACUUACGAUUGUGUUUAGACUGUCAGCAUAAGGUUACCAGAAUGGCAGUUUUCUAUGUGAUUUUGAGCUGGACUGUUUUGUUUUUGCUGUUUCUGCUUUUCAUAGCGUUCCUUGGUUUCUGCAUGUACAUGAAAUACAUUCAUAUGGCAUAUGACUACAUACCUGGGCCACCGAGAGACAAUUUUCUCCUCGGACAUAUUCCAACGUUUUUGAGGGCAUUGAAAAAUGGUGACGUUAUCCAUGACACAUUUCUGGAAUGGUCUGCGAAUUACGGGCCUGUUUGCAGGAUAAAUUUCCUGCAUCAGAUCAUGGUCCUUGUUACCAGCCCAGAGGGAACCAAGGAGAUCUUGAUGUCCCCAAAGUAUCCGAAAGAUAAUGCCUACAAGAAAAUCGGCAAUCUGUUUGGUAUGAGGUUCCUAGGUAAUGGCCUGCUAACAGCACAAGAUCAUGAACAGUGGUAUAAACAGCGCCGGAUCAUGGACCCAGCGUUCAGCAGCUUGUAUCUGAGAGGUCUAAUGGACAACUUCGAUGAGAGGGCAGAGAAACUGAUGACAAAACUGACAGAUGUCGCUGAUAACCAAGCGGAGGCCAGCAUGCUCCAAUUGAUGAACUCUGUUACCCUUGAUGUUAUCGCUAAGAUUGCCUUUGGUGUGGAUCUAGACCAAAUUAAGGAUAAGUCAGUGUUUACUAAAGCCAUCGAGUUAACUCUGAAGGGGAUGGUCUACAACAUCAGAGACAUCUUUUUUCAAUACUAUCCCAAGAACCAACCGUUCAUUAAAGAAGUGAAGGAAGCCUGCCGCCUGCUGCGCGCAACUGGAACUCAGUGGAUAAAUGAAAGAAAGACUGCCAUGCUAAAUGGCGAGGACGUCCCGAAGGACAUCCUCACACAGAUCAUCAAAACAGCUGGCAAAGAGGACAGCAUGACUUCAGAAGAUGAGGAGCUGAUGUUGGACAAUUUCGUGACAUUUUUCAUCGCUGGGCAAGAAACAACUGCCAAUCAGCUGGCUUUUUGCAUCCAGGAACUGACAAGACAUCCUGACAUACUGGAGAAAUUAAAGAACGAGGUUGAUGACGUAAUUGGAAUGAAACAGAUCAUCAUUUAUGACGAUCUGGGAAAACUGAUCUACCUCUCACAGGUGCUAAAAGAGACUCUGAGGCUAUACCCGAUAGCUCCAGGCACUACUCGUGCGAUACCGGAAGACACUGUUAUCGACGGUAUCAAGUUGCCUAAAGGGGCCGUGUGUUUUUUCAACACGUAUACGACCGGGAGAAUGGAACAAUUCUUCAAGGACCCGCUGACAUUUGAUCCGGACAGAUUUCACCCAGAUGCUCCCAAGCCCUAUUACUGCUACUUCCCCUUUUCCCUCGGCCCACGUGCAUGCCUGGGACAGAACUUUGCUCAGAUGGAAGCAAAAUUGAUAAUGGCCAAGCUGAUCCAGAGGUUUGACUUUACGCUUUCACCGGGACAGAGCUUUGACAUCUUGGACAAUGGCACCCUCAAGCCGAAGAGUGGAGUGGUGUGCUCUAUCAGACACAGGAAGCACAAUACAUAGCUGGUCUUAAUGUACUGUCACAUAAGAAGAUGGUUAUAAUGUGGUGAAAUUAGGUUGCUAAGGCUAGUUUACUGCUUGCAAAUGUGUACCCUUGCCUUAACCAAAAUACCCUUAUGCUGCAUAAUUGUAUUAUUACUUAUUAUUUUAAUGGGGCUGGUUUUAAUGAUAUCAUUUAAUCAUAGCAGUAUAUCUACAAUAACAAUUGAUCUAAAAACAGUUAUGGUAGUUACUGAUAUAUUACGAACACUAAUGAGGAUAUGGGAAUGCACUUGAACUGCUUUUUUAGUCUUGUUGGAAUCUAUAGUUUAUUUCUAACUCACUGCUCUUCCAUAUACACUGAGCUUGUUUUGUGCCUUGAACGCUAAAAUGCAGAGUUGACCAACUUUACACAAAUGAAAAUAAUUAUUAAGAAAUUAUUUUUACUGAUGCAAAAAAGGUUAAAUCUUAUUUUUGUGUUUGUUUUGCACUUUAAUAAACCAAUGGUCAUUUGAAUGUC